AUGACUUCGACGACGACGACACAGACCCAAACUCGCGGCCAUGCCGGUCACCACCACCACCAUCAUGACAACACAUACCUCACCUCUACCGACAAGACGGACCCUGGCGUCCGAAUCACUAGAAUCGGGCUCUAUGUCAAUUUAGGCAUGGCGGUAGGCAAGGGCGUGGGCGGCUACGUCUUCAACAGCCAGGCACUCACGGCGGACGCCAUCCAUUCACUCACCGACCUCGUCUCGGACAUCAUGACCCUCGCGACCGUCUCCUGGUCCAUCAAAACUCCGACUGCACGCUUCCCCUCCGGCUACGGCAAGGUCGAAUCGCUAGGCUCCUUGGGCGUUAGCGGGCUGUUGCUGACUGGGGGCUUUCUCAUGGGCUAUACGGCGCUCGUUGCGAUAUGCCAGCAAUUCUUCCCAGAGUUUGCGGAAGUGAUGCAUAAUUUGGGCUUGUUCGGACACGACCACCACGGGCACAGUCACGGGCCGGGGAGUUACCUUGACAAGGGGCCGAACAUCAAUGCGGCGUGGUUGGCGGGCGGGAGCAUCAUUAUCAAGGAGUGGUUGUAUAGAGCUACCAACAAAAUCGCGAAGGAGAAGAAAUCGUCUGUCCUAGCCUCAAACGCGUAUCAUCAUCGCGUCGACUCGCUGACCGCUUUCGUCGCGCUCCUCAUGAUCGGCGGCUCGAAUUUGCUCUCAAACGCUCAAUGGCUCGACCCGGUGGGCGGCCUCAUAAUAUCUCUGAUGGUCGUGCAAGCCGGAUGGUCCAACACGAAGACCUCAUUGCUUGAGCUAGCAGACGUAGGCGUCGAUGAUGAAAUGCGAGGCAACGUGCGAAGAGCUACCACAAAAGCGCUUGGUGAGCUUCCCUCGGCGCAAGAUAUACUGGUGCGGAGUGUGCAAGGUGUCAAGUCUGGGCAAAAUUUCCUCAUGGAUAUAGAACUGGGCGUCCCAUCAUCCUGGGAUAUGGAUAGAAUGCGCAAAGUGGAAGACCUGGUGCGGGCAAGAGUCGGGGCGAAGGUUAGGGGAGUCAAGAGAGUGAGAGUGCGCUUUGUGCCGGCGGAGAUGGGAGAACCGGAUUUCUUGGACGAGUUCAUCGCUCCUGCUGGCAGUGCGAGGGCGAGUCCGGAGCCGGAGGAUCACGAGCACGACCAUGACCACGACCAUGACAAUGGGAAUGGGCACUCGCAUGAGCACCCCAGCAGUUAUCAGCACGGUCAUACACCUACAAGUGACGGUAUCAAUAAGAGAAGGUAA